GAUGAUAAGCCAUCUAGCUGUACUUGCAAAAUACACAGAAGAUGAGAAGUCUGCCCUGGAGGCUAUGAGACUAAGAUUCACCAUCAUUUUGGAUCUCCUAUGUAUGACCAAUUGCCCUACUCUGAUUGUCAUGGUGGGUCUCCCAGCAAGAGGAAAAACCUACAUCUCGAAGAAGCUGACACGCUAUUUGAAUUGGAUUGGAGUGCCUACAAAAGAAUUUAAUGUUGGUCAGUAUCGUCGAGACUUGGUGAAAAAGUAUAAAUCUUUUGAAUUCUUCCUGCCUGACAAUGAAGAAGGCUUGAAAAUCAGGAAACAAUGUGCCUUAGCAGCGCUGAAUGACGUUCGACAGUACCUCAGUGAAGAGAACGGGCAUGUGGCUGUCUUUGAUGCUACAAACACAACUCGAGAACGCAGAGAAACUAUUUACAAAUUUGGUGAAGAAAAUGGAUAUAAGACUUUUUUUGUUGAGUCAGUAUGCGUAGAUCCAGAGGUCAUUGCUGCAAACAUUGUGCAAGUGAAGCUGGGUAGUCCUGACUAUGUUGAUUGUAGUAAUGAUGAAGCAACAGAAGACUUUAUGAAAAGAAUAGAGUGCUACAAGAAUUCUUAUGAGACAUUAGAUGAAACUCUUGACAAGGAUCUUUCAUAUAUUAAAAUUAUGGAUGUUGGAAGGAGUUACCUUGUAAACAGAGUAAUGGAUCACAUUCAGAGCCGGAUUGUCUACUACCUCAUGAAUAUCCAUGUGACUCCUCGGUCAAUCUACCUCUGUCGACAUGGAGAAAGUGAACUCAAUCUCAAAGGGAGAAUAGGAGGAGAUCCUGGAUUGUCUGUCAGAGGGAAAGAAUUUGCCAAAAGCUUGGCACAGUUUAUUAAUGAGCAAAACAUCAAAGAUCUGAAAGUCUGGACCAGCCAGAUGAAAAGGACAAUUCAGACUGCUGAAGCCUUGGGAGUGCCUUAUGAGCAGUGGAAGGUUCUGAAUGAGAUAGACGCAGGAGUGUGUGAAGAAAUGACAUACGAAGAAAUACAGGAAAAUUAUCCGCUUGAAUUCGCACUGAGAGACCAAGACAAAUACAGAUACAGAUACCCUAAAGGAGAGUCCUAUGAAGAUCUUGUUCAGAGACUGGAGCCAGUAAUUAUGGAACUUGAAAGGCAGGAAAAUGUGCUUGUCAUAUGUCACCAAGCUGUCAUGCGGUGUUUGCUUGCAUAUUUUCUUGACAAGCCUGCAGAACAACUGCCUUACCUGAAGUGCCCACUGCAUACUGUCUUAAAGCUAACCCCGGUGGCUUAUGGAUGUAAAGUAGAGUCUAUAUUUCUGAAUGUUGAAGCUGUAAACACACACAGAGAUAAACCUGAGAAUGUAGACAUUUCCAGACCUCCCGAGGACGCUCUUGUAACAGUCCCUGCUCAUCAGUGAAUCCUGUGUGCUGAUCAACUAUCGAACUUGGGAAUGUAGGUGUGGAUCGAUCGCGAGAAGAAGCUUUGAGGACAGUACCUAACCACCUAUAGCUCCAGUUCCCAGGGCACCAGCCCUUCCUCCAGCAUAAGAGCGUUAAGUAGCAGCUCAGGUCCAGGAGAACGGAGAAGGUGUCGCUGAGCACCGAGCGAGUUGGAACGAACGCGCCUCCCCUUCACUUUAAGACAUUUCGAAUGUGAUUCAGCUUCUUUGGAGAACACCUGUAGUUGUGGAUAACUCCCAGUCCCGAAAGGUAUCAGUAAAAAGAUUUUAUGGGAAGCAGAGUAGUGUUGGUUUUAGAUUUUUUUGUAUGUAAAUUUGUGCAGUUUCAGUGGUUUUUAUUGUUCAUCUGUGGAUACUGCAAGAUGGUUAAUUGCCCGUGUCAAUUUUACUGUCAGAUUUUAACUAGAUUUUGCUUUCUUUUUUAACUGGUUUUCUAAGAGUUCCUCUUAUUUUCACUGUGAAUGAUUGCCUAGAAUUACGUGGAGAUAUUUUAGAUGGCAUAUUUAACAUAGAUGAAAUUCUACAUUUUGAGCAUUGGAGGCUUCAUGUUGCAAAACUGCUUUAAAUGGGAAAGCCUGUCAGCUCUGAUUAGCUUUUCUGAGCUUUAGAUUGAGCUUUGGUUUGUCAGCCACACUUAAAUUUUACUUAAAUGGGGAGACUUUCCCUUUGGAAAAUAAAAGCCUUAAAGUUAGAUUCACUACCUGAAAGAUUCUGCUGGCUUAGCAAGAUUUUAACAUUUUCCAGGCACCAGCUGUAUUUUGGAGGGCAGGGGAAGACAGUGUUAAGUGGGGGACAUGAGUGGAGUAUAGCUGGUAGCCUGGCUAAGGAAUUGAGACACACCUUUCUGCUGCAGUUACAGGAGGGAAUGGUAGCUUUUCUGAAACAGGAAGGGAGCCCUGUCAAGGGCUGGAGAAGCUGCUUUUCUUAUUAGUGCUGUGAUUUGUAUGGGUUUGUUUUGGUUUUUUUUUUUUAGGCGAUUUUUGGAAUGAAUUUCAACAUGAAAGUAUAUGUUUCUCUUUUAUAGCCACAUUUAAUACGUACAUCAGGAAACAGUACAGAAAGGUUAGGUGGAGUUUAACCAUUCUAACAGCUCAUGCAAGAAAAACACCAGGUAAAUUCUGAAAUUAUUUUUAACACUGGCACACCUGCCUUGGGUUUUUUUGUGUUGUUUUUAAGCAUCUUUCACCAUCCUAAUUCUUUACUGCUCUUUCAUGCCUUGAGAAACUCCAGUGCUGAAAAUGGAAUUUUCUAUGUCUGUUGAGGCCACAACCUCUAACUGUACUAAAUCAAUGUGUAUUAUGUAUGUGUGCUACCAGCUGAAGUGAGCUGCCAGCACUGCUGCUGGCUUUUAGUUCUGAAAUGAGGAAAACUAUCCUUUGGUAGAUGGACUGUGUUGUUUUUUCUAAGGACUUCUCUUCAAUUAAUUGAGCUUUUAUCAUGUAUGUUGUUGGGGUUGUUUUGCUGGUUUUUUUUUUUCUUUUUCUCAAUUCCUGUGUGAAAUACUGGGCCCUAGUAACGUAGUUUUGCAGGCAAGGGCUAAAUUGUCUUUUGUUUGUGCAGGGUUUAUAAAAUAAUGUGCUGCUGUCGUGAUUUGUUUUAAUAAGCUAACUUCAGCAAUAUAUUCAGCUCUGGAAGUAAGCCAUACUGUAUCGCUGGGUUCCGUUGCAGACGAGGAAUGUGUAGGGUGCGGAACAACCAGAAACACUUGCUUCAAGCGCUGCUGUCUAAAGCUUUGUGUGUGCGAUCCUUGUGUUCAGUAACACCCAUUUCAGAUCUGUGUUAAUUGAGCUGUGUCCAUAGCUAUUGUGUGAGGAGAGAGACCACACAGCGCUGCUCAGAGAAGUUAAUUUAUUGAUGCGUAGUUAAGAAAGCCGCCUUCGUGGCAGAAAUGUAGAAGUAAUUUCCCCUCCCGAUUUGAUGUGUGUUCAGCGUGGGAAGGCUGGGCUGUGCUCCAGGCAGACCUCCACCAUCCGAGACCAGGAGUUGUUAAGCAGUUUUUAAAUUGAGAAAGUCGGAGUUGAUCUGUAGUUAGAGAGGGCAAAUCCCAGGAGACUGUAUUAGAAAAGCAGGGUUUCACCGGCACACUGUGGUACUUCUCACAUUGAAGAACUGUGGUGGAAGGAAAGGUUUCCCCUAGUGAGAGCUGAGCCCAAGGGCUGCUUCUCUUCACUGGCAAGCACGGCUUGAGGUGUCUCCCCUCUCUCCUUUCUUCGUUUUACCCCUCCCAACUUUUAUAGAGGUGCUGUAAAAUUCCUUGAGGCUUAAUGUUUUAUGUAUAGUAGGUAUUUUUAUAGCCUGCUUUUGAAUAUACUGUGAUAAGUGUUUUACUAAGUUGGGUGUUCAGUAAAAAGAUUGUAUACAAGUGUAAAUAAACUGUCAUGCUGAUACUUGAAAAGAAAAAAAAAUAAAAAUGAAGUUGUCUGUUCUACUUUAGGAAGGUAUUAAAUCACUGACUGCAUCCGACCCUUUCUAGCUGGUGAGAACAAGUGUAGACAAUGAAUGUAGCUUUGAAGCAAGUGAUCAGUUCUCCCCAGGGCACAACCACCUUUCCAGAAAGGCACUGUUAAGAAUUGAAGAGUAUUGUCACUGUCUGAAAGCUGCGUAUGUCCCCUGCUCCUGACAGAACUGUCACUGACAGGGGAGGUGAAAACCCAUGUCCUGACCCUGUAUAUUUGUCCCCAUGUUUAUUCUACUGCCUUCUGACUGUUAAUGCACUUGCUAGCUCAGAUGCGGUCUCUCUCAAACGGGAUUAAACUGUCUUUUCUUAAAUUGUUGGCCUUCGUUGUAAUCUUUCAGACAAAUGUAAUCAUUUGACCUUUGAUCCAAGUAAUAAAGAUCAAAUGUUACA